AUGAAUUUACACCGCCAGAUGUUGGUAUCCGAAGGUGUGCUAGAAGAAAAGGACUGGUAUGUGACUGCGCUCAUUGUAAUGGCUACCGACAGAAACAAACGCAGAAUAGAACAACGCAAUACACUCCUCUUCAUUAGGCAUCAAGGGUUUGGACUUUGGAUGAGGCAUAGCCGACCUAAACGGUCGCCCACCAGCGACCCAAAUAAAGGGAGAUUUAUUCUGUGUGGCUUGACAGAUUUCUUCGGUCUUUUCGGCUUGCUUGCCCCACGGAAGAUCGUGGUUCAUCGAGGACUUAGAGGCGCUGCAAGCCAUGAAGAUCAUACAUUAUAA